CGCCGCGACGGCGUCGCCAUGGCUGCGGCCGACACGGGGAUGUACCGCAAGGAGAAGAGCAUCCAGCUGAAGAGCAGCAGCUCAGCGCUGUACAACAACCUGAGCUUGCUGCGCCUGCCCGACAAGCAGCUUGCCUAUUUCACCACUGUUCACGGCACCACGGUGAACAUAGUCAGCGCCUCCAGUGACGGGCUCAGCUUCUCUCACCGCCAGCUCCAGGUGAAGGAGGGCGGGCCAGCUAUCAGCAGCUCCAUCGUCACCCAGGCUGCUUGGUGUGUCCUGCCGUCUCGAGUUCUCCUGGUUCUGACUUCACAGAAAGGUAUCCAGAUGUAUGAGUCAGAUGGCUCCAUCAUGGUUUACUGGCAUGCACUGGAUGUCAUGGAGCAUCUACCAGCACGAAUGGUGUUUGCUCGAGGGAUCGCAGCAGCUAGUGGACGCUUCAUCUGCGUGGGGAUGUCCUCCGGGCCGGUGCUGGUGUUUGACAUCCCCCCCAAAGGGACGAACAUCACAGUGAGCGAGGUCCUGGAGGAGCACCGUGAUGCCAUCACCGAUAUCGCGGCAGAGCUGGGCCAGGCUCCGGACGGGGCUGGCGACGUAGUGACAGCGGAUGACUCUGGGACCCUGUGCAUCUGGAGCUCUGGAGAAGAGUUUGCCUUGCUCAGCAAAAUCCCUGCUUUGGGCUGCACCUGCUCCUCUGUGAAGCUGUGGAAUGGAAUCAUUGCUGCUGGCUAUGGAAACGGGCAAAUCCGGCUGUAUGAGGCAGCGACCGGUGUCCUGCGGGCUGAGGUCAACGCUCACGCUCGCUGGAUCUAUGCCCUGGACCUGGCGCCCUUGACAGGGAAGCUGCUGUCAGGGGCAGAGGACUCCUUUGUUCAUAUCUGGAAGCUCAGCAAGAACCUGGACACCGAUGACGUUGAGAUUGAGCACUGCCACUCGGAGUGUGUGACUGACACCCAGAUCUGUGGUGCCCGUUUCUGCGACCCAGACGGAAACUCCUUCGCCAUGACUGGCUACGACCUCAGCGAGAUCUUCCGCUACAGCCAGGUGUAGGCUCCGAGAUGUAGAGUUUGUCCAGGGCAGUGCAGGGGUUGCAGUGAGGGAGAGCGGGGCUGUGGCAGGCGUCCCUACCACUUCCAUCGCUGCAUGGCAGCAUGCCCAGACCCUGUGCACUGAGGCACUGCGAGCGAGGAGGUUUCAGCAUAGACUCCUGCCUGCAGCUGCAUGGGGCCCAGGCAGCUGCUGCCGCUCUGGCACAGUGAUGUACCCUGGCAGGGUGGAAACCUGUGCGAGUGUGGAGCUCAGCACCGAUCCUAGUCACUCCCAAAGCACACCUUGCCCUCAUCUCAGUGUGUCCAUGCACAGGGAACAGGGGCUUGGGAGCUAGUCUGUCUAAUGGGAUGCAGCUCUACCCGGUCCCAUCAGUUCCUAGGUCAAAAGCUCUUUUCCUAUACCUGCUCCCUGUAGCAGGAACACUCCUCUCCCACACCUUUCCUGGAGGGAAGGAGGCAGUGGAGCUGCUGCUUCCUCACCCUGGGCUCUGGGGAUGGCACUCUGUUCCACUCUCCAGGCAGAGGUGCACAGCUGAUCCUCCUCUUCCCAACAGCAACUCUAGUUCAAACUUGAAUGGAUCCAGGGCAAACCUAAAACCUGUAUUACAUGCUGCUCCGGCUGCAGGGCCCUGGGAAGCCUGUUCCACCCGCAGCUGCCGCUCCCCGUGGGUGCAGCAGCCAUGGGGCUGCCCUUCCUCUGGGUGGCACAGUUCACUUGGGAGCAGGAAAGGAAUCUUCUGCUUAGGGAGCUGUGAGGACACACAGAUCCCUGUGGGGCCUGGCUCCAGAUGUGCGGGGCUGCAGCUGUGUUCCUGUUCUGGAAAAAGCCGAGGAAGCUGCGCUGUGCUCCCUUCCAGGCCAGCGGAGUGCCCCAGGGACAGAGUCUUUUAGGUCACCGCAAGCAGAGCCGUGGUGCUGCCACGCCAGCAGGCUGUCCCCGUGCUGUCCUCUCCGUUCCCACCCCAGGCCCCAGCAGCCACGCAGCCGCCUGGCUUUGGCCCUGUGUCCUGCUCCAGCUGGGACAGUGCUGGCAGGGGACUGAGCUGGAAAGGGUAGGUGCAUGCUGGGUCCUGCUCGGCCCUCUCCCAGCUCCUCUCCUUUCACUCCCUAGCAGGACUCGGCCCUAAUUCCUCUUGGGGCCAGCCUGUCCCAGCAGUCAUCUUCCCUGCAGCUCCGCUGGCACUGCAAGGAGCUCACACGGCCCCAGGGAAGAGCCAAGCGUCCUGCUCAGUUCCCAGGGCCCCACGAGGCAGGGAUGCGUGAGGAUGGCCCCAGCCCUAGUGCUGCAGGGCUGAGCUCAGCCCCAGGGCAGGCCCUGCUCUCCUGGGCCAAAAGGGGAGCGCUGCCGGCAUCUCCCAACGGGAGGCCGGCUCCGGCGUAGCCCGGCUCGGCCCCUCGGCUCCGGGAGAGCUGCCGGCAGCUCCCGACGGGAGGCCGGCUCCGGCGUAGCCCGGCUCGGCCCCUCGGCUCCGGGAGAGCUGCCGGCAGCUCCCGACGGGAGGCCGGCUCCGGCGUAGCCCGGCUCGGCCCCUCGGCUCCGGGAGCAGCCUGCAGCCGCUCCAUGCCUCUAUGGUUCCAGUCCCCGCUGCCCUGCAGUCAGUUGGGGACCCUGCUCCCCGUGUGUUGUACCCACCCCGCUAUAGGUCGGAGCCCCUCCUUAUACCUUGUUCCCCCCCCCCUCCAAACUAUAGUCCCCCCAUGUGCUGUGCCCCCCCCCAAGCUGUGGGUCAAGGCCUCGUUCCCCUGGCCUGUCCCCCUCACCCCCAUGUGCCGUGUCCCCCGUGAUAAAUGCACGCGAGUGGCUCCCCGCGUGUCGCUCCUUCCCACGUGUCGGGGUGGGCGGGCUGCAGCAGUGCGGGCGCGCGGGGGUUAACCCGCGGCGCGGGUGACGGGCAGGCCGGCGGCGCGCAGCACCGUGCAGCGCCGAGCACCAGCAGCACGUUACAAAAAGCUUUAUUAAAGGUUAAAACAGUCAA